UAUGCACCAUCAGCAAGAAUAACUGUUUAUUUCACUAUAAAUUUGAGGUUGUUCUUAUUAAUAUUUAAUCUGUGGACGGUAAAGCACAUAAACACAUUAGCAAAAAAUGGCACAUUUACUUAGAUGUUUCGUACUUUGCCUGUUAAACGAGUGUUCAAAUGCUUUUUCAUUGCUGAACAACCACAAUUUCAGUAUUGGAAAUGUGACUGGAGGACUAGUGACCAAUGAUGCGUUGGAAAAUUCUAAUAGUUUCCGUCAGCGUCUGAAUCAAGAAGCUCUUAUUCGAGUGGCUCUGGUACAAAACGUUCACUCCUUAAUGAAAGAUAUUAUGACAGUAAAGAAUUCAAUGCUCGUGUUAGAAACAAAUUCGGAAAAAUUUAAACUUGCGACUGAAAAGACAAUUUUCCAGUUAGAAGCAGAAAUAGAAAAGCUUAAAACGGAAAAUCAGCGUUUAAGGAAUGAUAAUGCGGAUAAACAUCAAAAAUUAAUUCCUUAUGUUAAUGGAACAUUUCAAACAGUUAAAGACUCAAUUUCACAAAUGCAAAAAAAAUUUCAUACAAGGUUACAGAUGAUUGAAGAAAGAAAAUCGAAUGUGUCAUCUACUGCAGCUUUGGAGACGUCUUUGACAAAAGUUUCAAUUGAAAUUAAAAGGUUACAGACAAUUGAGGCACUGAAAGCAAACGUGUCAUCUGUUGCAGCUUUAGAGACGUUUUUGACAAAAGUUUCCUCUCAGUUGGGAAACUUGUCAAAGAGAGUAGCUUUCACUGCUGGAGUGUCGUCUACUAGCAGCUCCUGGAGCAGUGGUACCUUGGUGUACAACAAAGUCAUCAACAACGUGGGAGGAGGACAUAACCCGAACACCGGAAUCUUCACCGCACCAAUGGAGGGAGAUUAUGUCUUCUAUGUCAGUAUCCUAAGUUCCGGUAUCAACUCUAUAAAUAUAGAUAUUGUUCAAAAUGGAUCUAGCAAGGUCCGAGCAGGGGCUCACGUUGCGCACUUUACUGAUCAGGGCGAGACAGGUACAAAUCUUGUGACAUUAAGGCUGCAACAGGGGGACACGGUGUGGGUUAAGCACAACAGCGGUAAAGGUUAUCAAACCCACAGUGAUGCUCCGUUCACCACGUUCUCUGGAUUUCUGAUAUAAAUUACCUACAAAGAAACUGUAACAACAAUUGCUUCAAUAUAUAUAUAUUUGUA